AUGACAACGAAAGUGAUUUCUUACAAAAGUGGACAGAAGAAAGUUGACAAUACUGGUCCCGCGAUCGUGUUGGAAUCAGGUGAAAAAGAUGGCAUCAAACAUACAUGGAGUGGCGGUAUCGAUAUUUAUCCUAGAGUCAAUUUCACAUUGAACAUUGAUUGGAAAGAUUUGAAAAACCAAGGAGCUCAUCGUCUUGUUGGACAUUUGAUACUCAGUUCUGUUUACGCCCAUUAUCAAACACAAAGAUUAGAUAUUGAUUGGACUGACACGAACCAGUCAGUUUUGGUAGCAAUUGGAAGUAGCCCUGUUUCCUUCCCGGUCAGUUUUGAGUACAAUCUCACUGCUCACUACGCUGAAUCGUCUCCACCCGAUAAGAUGUCUUAUGAAAAACUGUUUGUGGCUUCCGAUAAAACAGAUGUGGUUCUUGUUGUCGAUGGAAAGAAGCUGAAUGUUAACAAAUCGUUCCUUUCCAUCCACUCCGACUAUUUCUCCAAUCUUUUCUCUUCGAAUUCCAAAGAAGGACAAAUGAAAGAAAUCGAAAUCAAAGAAGUUUCGUAUGAAGAUUUUGGGCUUCUUCUUGCUACUUUCUACCCGAAUCCGCAGUUUCCAAACGAUCAAACUGUCGAGAAACUUCUGGAGAUGGCUAGCCGUUUUCAAGUGUCAUCAGUUGUUGGAAUUGUCGAAUAUCACCUUCUCAAUAAUUCAAGAAUCGGAUAUGAGAAAAUGCUCUGUUUGGCCGAUGAGUACGUGAUGCCGAAGCUUUUGAAGAAGUGUAUCAGCCAGAUGGACUCAUCAGAGAAGGCUAGAAAGUUGAAGAAGUCUCCGGAAUUCGAAAAGUUGUCGACGGAGUUGGCAGUUUUUUUGAUUUCCAGGAUAAAAAAUUCCAGAAAAUUUGCAGAUCAAACUGUCGAGAAGCUUCUCGAAAUGGCUCGACGUUUUCAAGUGUCAUCAGUUGUUGGAAUCAUUGAAUAUCACCUUCUCCACAUCUCAAAAAUUGCAUACGAAAAAAUGCUAUGGUUUGCUGAUGAAUAUGCAUUGUCGAAGCUUUUGGCGAAGUGUAUCAGUGAGAUGAAUUCGGCGGAGACGGCUAAAAAGUUGAGAAAGACCGCGGAAUUCGAGAAGUUAUCGCUUAAUACGAGAUUGCUGAUUUUGGAACGUCUUCUGGAGGUUAUCUGA